UUCAAUCAUUUAGAGCGCAGAGAGUUUUAUCACCCACUUGAGAUUGCAGUCCCCUUUUACGCCUUAUGGGGAGAAUAUUCAAUGAUGACCACAUUCCCAUCCAGCAGGUCAAAGGGAGAACCCAAGAUUAUGGAUCAUGGUCAACCUGUAUCUCAUACUCACUAUCUCACAAGUACCAAGACCCAUACCCCCACUAAUUCCAACCACAAUUGGGAAUUAGAUUAUGCUCACCAACCUUGAUCUCCAUGAGAACAGUUUCAAUGGUAGCAUUCCAGAAAGUAUUGGCAAUUUGAAGAAUCUCAAUUAUCUUGAUUUGUCUAGUAAUCAAAUCACAGGAAGAAUUCCGGAGUCAAUUGGUGGACUCUCAUCACUAGAACAACUAUCUCUCAAUCAAAAUAUGAUUACUGGAAGCAUUCCAUCUUCAUUUUCAGGACUCAUUUCUCUCCAAUUCUGUCUAAUGUCAGAAAACAAGCUGACACGAUCUAUACCUUCCUCAAUUGGCCAGCUCUCAAGUAUUCAAAGACUGUUCUUAGAGAACAACCAACUCUCCGGAGAACUGCCUUCAAGUAUUGGUAAUCUUACUAAUCUUAAUGAAAUGUUCUUCUCCAACAACAAUUUUACAGGCAAAAUUCCUCCCAGUUUUGGAAACUUGAACAAUCUUCAGAUUCUGGACUUGUCAAGAAACAGGCUUUCUGGUGAACUACCUUCACAGCUUGAUAAAUUACAGCAGCUGCAGACUUUGGAUCUCUCAUUCAAUCCUCUUGGACUGACAAGUAUACCAAAUUGGUUUCAGAAUUUGAAACUCUUUCGGCUUGCGUUGGCGAAUACUGGAAUGGAGGGACAACUUCCAAACUGGUUAUCUUCAUCGUCAUUAUCAACUCUUGAUUUGUCAAGCAAUGCAUUGACAGGGGAGUUACCACGUUGGAUUGGAAACAUGACUAGUCUUUCAUUUCUUAAUCUAUCCAAUAAUGGGUUCCAACCGUCUAUCCUGAUCGAAUUCGAGAACCUUUGGCAUUUAGUUGAUCUUGAUCUCCAUAGCAACAGAUUCACAGGAAGCUUGAACACGUUGUUUUUUAAACAAAUCCAACUUCCUCUAGGUCAUUACAACUCCAUUGAUGUCUCCAACAACAUGUUCAAUGGUCCUAUUGAUGAAAGCAUUGGAGAGAGAACUGCAAUGGAUUAUAUUACAUCAUUGGAAUUAUCAAACAAUCCACUGGGAGGCACAAUUCCAAAAUCUAUUGGGAAACUUGGAAGACUUCAGGUAUUGAAGCUGGUGGAGACUGGAUUAUCAGGGAUGAUUCCAGUGGAAUUGACUUCAAUUUUGCUUUCCAAGAAUAAUCUUAGUGGAAGUAUACCAGAGAAUGUGAUAAGUUUGAAGACUCUGCAAGAAUUCGAUGUGUCCAAUAAUCGAUUGUAUGGACAGAUUCCUCCUCACAAAGCUUUAAUCCCUGUAUCAUCAUUCCUGCAUAAUCUUGGCUUGUGUGGAGCUCCACUUCCAUCCUGUAAACGCUCAUAGUGUUUGAGAUUUUGCUUGAACUCACGCCAUACUUUCAUAUUUUUCAAUAAGAAAUAAAGAAAAAUAUCAAGGAAUCAUGAAUAACAAGAAGUCGUUUUAGUGAUUUGGUAUCUUUUUUUGUCUUUCUGCGGUGGAAGUUGACAGAGCUAUAUCCAUGUGAGUGGGUAGGAAACCCAUAUUUUCUAGCCUAGAAAAGAGUGAUCAAUUCAAGUUCUGACUCUUAAAAAAUUAGUACACAGAAAUGUUGAGUUGAUUAAAGGAAAAAGAAAAACCUAAAAGUACAGAGAAGGGGUGUUGCGAGAAUCGAACUCACGACCUCUCGCACCCGAAGCGAGAAUCAUACCACUAGACCAAACACCCUUCCUUGAGUAGCAGCCAAACAAAAUUUGUUUGACACGGGAAGACAUUUUCUGCAGUUGCAAGUGCCGCCUCCAACACUGAUUGCAACCAUUCAAAAGGAACUUUCUUGUUAACUCUGGGAGCCUUGCAAUUCAAUCAUUCUUUUCUGAGUCACAUAUAAUUGUAAUUGUUGUCUACAGAGAGGGAGAAAGCAGGAACUCUCUCGUUGGCAUGGUCAUGCGUCGUCGUUGUCGUUGCCUCUCUUCUUGCUGGUGCCUCCGUCGUCCACAAUGUUAACAAGCUUGAUCUUGUAAGUUCACGUCCCCGCCCUCAUCGUCAAUGUCUAUUGUGUGCAUUGUUUGACGCCCAUAACCUGUUUGAUGAAAUGUCUCACUGUUCUUUAACUUUGUGUGUAGGCAUGCCGCCCGUAGAGAGCGUUGAUGCGGCUAAGAGGAAUCAACCUGAGAAGGAAAAUUGAUCAUCAACAUCCUAUUAUGCAGUUUUGAUAGCCAUAGGAGCUGAGACCUGCAUAUGGAGCCAUGGACAAAUGGGUUGGCUCGUUGACAACUGAACCACCUUGUUUUUGUGGUUCUGGGCCGUAAAUCGCAAUGCAAAUAUCUUUCCAAGCAGCAUAAGCAACGCAAGGAAAUCAAAUUGGGUUGGGCCCGUCUGUUUGUAUUGUUGUGGGUUGUGUGCACAUCACAAUACCCACCACCCACGUGACGAGAUUGCGAGUCAGUACUGGCUGGCUAUAUGUCUGCUUCCGAGCCAUUUUUUCCUCUUCCCUUGCUAAUCACGUGACACCCCCUAACGUCUAAAGCAAUUUAUAUCAUAAGCAAAACUGAAGUUUUCAUACGUUUUUUACACGUAGUCGGUAGUUCCAUGUGUGUGUGUGCUGUGAUCUUUAUCAUGUCACCAAGGAUUCUUUUAUAA